CCUGAAUGGAAAAGACACAUGGUUUAAAAAUUCUAAAAAAUUAUAAAGUUCUGCGAAUUCAAAUUGCAUACAAAACAUCCACUUUUCCAACAUCUAAAAUAUGGAGACUCGACAGGCAAAACAGAAGGCAAGACUGAAGAAAAUUAAAAAACUGAUAAAGUACAAACCGCAUAGAAUAAACGACCCGGAUGACCCCCCACUCAUUGAAGAAGCGGCUAACUGCAAUGCCGAAUGUGUUGAGGCAUUGUUAUAUGCUGGGGCUCAUGUAGAUCUGGAUAACUCUUAUGAAACACCCGUGUAUAGAUGUUUAAUAGCAGAAGACGUACCUUCAAAAGACAAACUGGAAUGUUUGAGGGUGUUGCUAAGAUUUGGUGUUGAUUUGUAUGAAGAACAGUCAGAUGAUGAGAUGACACCAUUGAUGCUAGCUGCGUUUCAUGGCGAAACAGAGUGUUUAGAAGAAAUACUGAAAGUAGGCUAUCUCAAUGGACUUACCCCAAGUCAAUACGCGACAAAGAUGUCAGUGUCUCCGGGAUCAAAUGACGGUGGGUCAAGAGCGAGGUCCGCCAGGUCACCAUCGGCUCGUAGAUUUCCAAAUAAAUUCACGCCAUUUGCUUUUGUGGGGAGCGAUCUUCCAUCGUACGAAGAAUAUCAGGAGGUAUAUAAAACAGAUGUAGAUUUUAGAGAUUUUGACAACUAUACAGCCUCUUUAUACUGCUUGUGCCCCUUUAAGACAAAAUCUCCUGCUAUAAUGAUGGCUUGUCUUAAAUUGUUACACGAUGCCGGAAGUGAUUUCCAUCUUAAAGUAAUAGGGUGUGACAGCAUAAUAAAUGAAGCUCUGAAAACAGAUCUUUCUGUUUUUAGAUACUUGACUACGCUUGGCUAUAACAUGGAUCCUAAUGAUGGCUUAUUGAUAGCUGUGGGUAUUCCUAAUAUCAGUACAGUUCAUUUCAUGUUGAACGAAGGUGCAAGCUUAACAAUGGUACAUCCUGCAAAUGGGGCCACGCCCCUCCAUAUUAUUAUUCUUGGACAGCACAGAAAUAGGGCAUUACCAAAGGAGGAAAGACACAACAAAAUGAAAGAAAUGAUCCGAUAUUUAAUGCAGAAUAAUGUUAACGUUUCUUCUCAUUUAGAUGGUAGACACACAGCUCUGAAUCUGUCCUUUCUUAAAUUAGACGAGUUCAGUUUUGCACGUGAGUACCUUUUGUCGGAGAACAUUUCUCUUGGGCAAACAUCGUACCGGUCUCUUAAAUCCUGUUAUGAAUUAUGCGAGCAGGCUGAAUUUUUCCAAGGGAAGACAAAACUAGAUCUAUUGAAAUUUUUACAUACAUGCGGUUUAUCUACCAAAUCCUGUCUGACAUUUAAAGAAGAUGAAGAUCCUGGUUCAGCAGUAAACCAAUGGUUGGAUAAAAUGGCGUCUUCAGCACAAUCAUUGUUUACGAUCUGUAAACAUCGAGUGCGUGGAUUAUUGGGACGUGACAUCAAGAACAAAGUUCCUGGUUUAGACAUUCCCACUCACUGUCAAGAUUUGCUUCUUUUAAAGGACGUCCUAUCUUCAGAAUGUUUUCAGUAACAAUUAGUGUGAAUUUCGUAUUAGAGGCCAAGUUCAAAUCGUGUUAAUUUAGUAAUUAAGCCUAAGUUUCAUUGUGCAAAGUUAGUACACGUAAUUGAGGUGAAAUCCAAUUCGUGCGAAUUUCGUAAUUGAGGCUAAGUCAAUUUUUUGUAAAUUUAGUAAUUGAGCCUAAUUCGAAUUUUGGCUAAUUUAGUAAUUUGUACGAAUUCAGUACA